AUGGACUUCUCGGACGUCGGCGUGCGACACACCAUUCUCAACAGUGUCCAGCUUCAUCACUUCAUCGACAUCUCACCUUCGGCCGCUGCCAUCGCUAAGGAAGCUCGGCUUUGCGUGAUUGCUAUCGUGGUUGGCUUCCUUUGGACCUGUCUGCUCGCUACCUCUUCGCGCUUUGAUCGCCCCGCCAUAAUGAAGACAUUCGCUUCUUUUGCUCUAUUUGCUGCUGGUGCUACGGCCCAGGUCAUUCAAAGUGCUAGCUUUGGAUACGAUAAGACGAUAUCGCCCACGCGAGACUCUAUUCCAGGAUGGACCAUUGGUGGAGAAGGCAGUGAUCCUCAAAUUCUGUCGAACAAACUCAUCCUGACUCCUCCCUACCCUGGAAACGUCCGCGGAUCGGCCUGGGCACAGAACCCUAUCACACAAUCGGAAUGGAGCGCCGAGUUCCAAUUCCGCGGUAGUGGCCAGGAACGGUCAGGAGGCAACCUCCAACUGUGGUACACAAAGGACGGACAAGCCCGAGUUGGCACCUCGAGUAUCUAUACCGUGGGGCAAUUUGAUGGCUUUGCGCUGGUCAUUGAUACUCAUGGCGGCAGGGGUGGAAGUAUUCGCGGAUUCUUGAACGAUGGAACGACUGAUUACAAGAGCCACCGUAGUGUCGACAGCCUCGCCUUCGGACACUGCGACUACGCUUAUCGAAACCUCGGUCGCCCAUCGGUCGUAAAACUGAAGCACACAAACUCGAUUUUCGAGGUUACUGUGGACGACAAAGUCUGCUUCUCCACAAGCAAGGUCGCUCUCCCCGCUGGAAACACAUUUGGCAUCACAGCUGCCACCCCCGAGAACCCCGAUUCCUUUGAAGUCUUCAAAUUCGUUCUGGAGUCUGCCGCCGGUCAGGGCCAGGCCGUUCCCCCCAAGGUGGGCACUCCCCAACAGCAGGCCAUCAGGAGCCAGGAACAGCAGCAAAACACAAUCCCCAACCCAUCCACUGGCAACACUGUCCUUGAUAACGGAAUUGCCGCCCAAUUCGUCGACCUCGGUGGUCGUCUCCAGCUUACCAAUAAAGCGACUACCAACAUCCUCCAAGACUUGAGAAGCCAAGCAUCCAACAACGAUGCCCGGCAAGCGGAGCUAUUGCAAAAGCUUGCCUCUAAGGAACAAGUUGCUGCCCUGGAUUCCCGACUCCAGCGCAUCGAGCAGCUUCUUCAGAGCGUCCAGCGUGAUCUUGAAGGGAAGGACUACAGCGGUCGCUUUAACCAGCUUCAUGACACUCUCCGGACCUCCCAUCUCAGCCUUAGCGAGACUCUUCAGGGAAGCCUGCUGAGCGCCAUCACCGCGUCCACUCCUCGCAUGGGCUUCUUCAUCUUCAUGGUUAUCGCCUUCCAGAUUGUUCUCGCCGUUUCCUACGUCGUUUAUAAGCGCCGCCGCGCAAACAUGCCCAAGAAGUUCCUCUAG